AAGUCGUGUUAUCCAGCCGUUCAUUAUCAAAUCAACUUUCACAUUAUGGCUAACUAUGCCACAAUGCUGCUGUUGGCCGUUUCAUUGAUGGCUGGACAGGCCAUGAGUGGGCCGAUGGGCUCGUCUUCAUCCGAGUACUACACCACUCCGGCAUCCUACUACACCACCAAGUCCCCUGAGUACUACACAACGAAGGCGGAGUAUUACACGACAUCGUAUAGUGCCCCUAGCUACUACACCGAGGGCCCCAAGUACUACACGACCAAGGCGCCCGAAUACUACACCACGGCAUCCUACUACACCACUACGUAUGCUGCUCCGACGUACUACACUACUACGUAUGCUGCUCCGACGUAUGCUGCUCUGACGUACUACACCACUACGUAUGCAGCCCCCACCUACUACACUACAAAGGCGCCCGAGUAUUACUCCACUACAUAUGCGGCUCCUAUGCACUAUUCGGAGGCACCGAGGUACUACUCCCCACCGAGCUAUUACACGGAGGCGCCGGUGUAUUACACAACAACCUACGCCACUCCAAGCUACUACACCGAAGCUCCCACCUACUAUACCACAAAGGCCUCGGAGUAUUACAUCACAACGUACGCUUCUCCGUCUUACUACACUGAGGCCUCGAAAUAUUACUCUGCUCCGAGCUACGUAACAACUGUGCCGUACUACACCACGACGGAGGCGCCCAAGUACUACGUAGCUCCAACAUACUACACUACAGCUGCCCCGUGUUACUAUGCUGAGCCGACAUACUGCGCAGAAGCCCCGAAGCCCUACGCUGCCCCAAGUUACUACACUACGGCUGCUCCUUCGUACUAUGUGGAACCUAGCUACUACACCACAAAGGCUACUGAAUACUACACUACCACGUACGCUGCUCCAGCUUACUACACUACCACGUACGCUGCUCCAGCAUACUACACUACCACGUACGCUACUCCAGCUUACUACACUGAGGCUCCGCAAUACUACGCUACAAAGGCCGCCGCGUACUACACCACACCGUAUGCUGCACCAAGCUAUUACACUGAAGUUCCAACAUACUACACAACAACUUAUGCUACUCCCAGCUACUACACCGAGGCAAUGAAGCACUACGCAGCUCCAAGCUACUAUCAGACUGAAGCCCCACACUACUACACAACAAAAUCGCUAGAGUACUACUCUACCAGUUACGCCGCUCCCAGGUACUACACCGAGGCUCCAGCUUAUUACACAACAACGCACGCCACUUCCUACACUGAGCCAUCGAAGUAUUAUUAA